AUGAGUAGAGCUCAACUAUAUCCGGUCCCAACGGUAUCUGAACCAUUUAAGAAAAUUGCAAUCGACUUGAUAGGUGAAUUACCAAAAACAAAAACAGGGUACAAAUAUGUUUUGACCUUGAUUGAUUAUGCUACUCGAUAUCCGGAAGCAAUUCCGCUGAAAACAACUCAUUCUCGCGUUAUUGCUGAAGCGUUAAUUAGUGUAUUUUCACGGGUGGGCCUACCAAAUGAAAUAGUCUCUGAACAAGGAUCUAAUUUAUUUGGACAACUGAUGAGACAGUUGUACGAAUUAUUGGGUAUUUCGCAUAUUAAAACGUCGGUUUAUCAUCCAGAGGCUAAUG